UAUUAUAAAGAAGUGUUAGGGUCCAUGAUAACAGAUUUAAAUCAGAAAUUUGUUGUUUUUUUGGAGGAGAAUCCGCCACCAUCUACCGAAAAAGAAACUUUUACUGACAUCACCAAGAGAUUCCUUAAUUUUCUCAAAGUUGAGGGUAUCUAUGAAUCUUAUGUGAGUUCUAUUACUCAAGCUACCAGUUUAUUGGUGAGCAAAAAGUUUCAAAGGGACGAUUUUCAAAAUAGCAGAGAAUUUCAGAAGUUCGUUGGCGAGGUAUUUGUUUUUUUAAUAUCUAGAAUGAAUCAAAUCGUUAAUACCAUGAUGUGCCAUGGCAUGGAACCUACUACGGCAUUGGGGAAAACAGAUAAAUUUUUCUUUUUUGCUAAAGAAGCUAUGGAUGUAGAUAAACCUAAAUUGGCCGAAAGAUAUUUAUUAGAGAGAAUUUGUAACGACGCAAACAAUGCAGAUUGUUGGUUAGAUUAUGGUGUAUAUCUUUUAGAACAAAGAGAAGACGAUAAAGCAUACGAGUGUAUGAAAGAAGCGCUGUUGAAACGGGAACAGCAUAAAUAUAGCUUGUUGGUACUUGGAGUAUUGUUAUGUAACAAAGGACAAAAAGAAGAUGCCGAGACUUGCUUUUUGAAUUUAAUGAUUGAUAAUUCAACUUGGAGUGAAGGAUGGGCAAUUUUUUAUUUGUUUUAUCAGAAAAUUGAUAGUUAUGAGGGAAUGGAUAAAACUAUUGAAAUGGCGAAUAAAUAUAGUGAUCUGAAACCGCCAACUGAUUAUAUCGACGAAUUCGAUGAGUUGGUAUGGACUAGUACGAUUUGUCCCAAAACUGUAUUUUUUCGCGCAGCCAUACUUUUAUUGAAAUUAAGACUUUACGAGUGGUGCGAAUUAGCUUUAUCUCAAGAGAUAUAUUCAAAUCCAGGUAUCGUGAAUUAUUUAUUAGCAGCUAUUUGUUAUUAUAAGAAAUUGUAUCGCCAUGCCAUAGAUCACAUCGAAGAAACAUUGAAAUAUUAUGGUUCCAAUUACGCUGUUUCGAGUCUUGCCGGUCAUUGUUUGAUGGCGUUAGAUAGAAAAGUCGAAGCGAAAGAGCAAUAUUAUCACGCAUUAGAAUCAUUUGAUCGCCCCGAUCACUUGCAUUUGACUAGUAUCAAUCUUGCGAGGGUAUUGGGGGAAUUGGAGGAGGAUCAAGAAGCAAGGAAAUUCAUUUUACUGGCGUGUAAAUAUAAACCUACGCCAUAUACGUGGUAUCUAGCCGGCGUCUUGUAUUAUCAAGAAAAUGAUUUAUUGAGCUCCGAAGAAUGUUUUUCCGAAGGAAAUCUCAUGGAUAACAGAUUCGCUGAAAUAUGGGGGUAUUUGGCAUUGCUUAAUUUCAAAUUUGAUAGACGAAACGAAGCCGAACUUUGUUUGGAUCAAGCCAUAAAAAAUAAUUUAUCAGACGACGACAUCAUACGACUUAUUGACUCGCAAAUGUCCUGCAGAACAAGCAUGAGUAAAUUAUUUUAGUUGUGUUAAAAUGUAAUAAAAUUGACGCAUU